ACUGCGGAUGUUUCGGAAUUCAAACUACUGAAAGUGAGCACGAGUCCGUCGAAGGAAUCUCAACGCGGUAUUAUUCACCUCUCGGACUUUUUUUUCGAGUACGGCUUCAAUUCAUCCCUUAUUGUACAUUAUAUAUUAUUGUUUGCGCGAGGGGUAACGCAUAUAUUUAGCUAUAUCUAUAUAGCUGUAGUGGAGUGCCGUGCAAAGUAGUUGUAGCCGCCGCCGCCGCCGCCGCCGCGCAGAGCAGCUGAGCAGUAGUAAAAACUGCCAGAGCAGCAGGAGAGCAGCCGCUGUUCUGAGACUGAGCACUGAGCUGCCAGAGCCCACUCUCCUUCCAGCCUCCACGAUCGAACACGAGCCUCUACUACUCGCAGGCCGCGUAGUAGCAGAAAACCUGGGAAAGCCGGAAGACAAAAUGUGGUCGUCGCCAAUGGACGCAUCCAAGACAAGCCAGGCUCUGGUCAAGGGCCGAACAAUCGCCGCCGCUGACGCCCUGCCAGGCGACAGCUGCGAAUUCGGUUCCAACCACUACUUCAUGCUAUGCGGUCUUGGAGGUAUUUUGUCUUGUGGUCUCACCCACACCAUGGUCACCCCUCUAGAUUUAGUCAAAUGCCGUAUUCAAGUCAAUCCAGAAAAAUACAAGUCGGUGGUCAAUGGAUUUCGUGUAACCCUGGCUGAAGAUGGUGCAAAAGGUCUGGCGAGAGGUUGGGCUCCAACAUUCUUUGGCUAUUCCGUUCAAGGAAUGUUCAAGUUCGGACUCUAUGAAGUCUUUAAAGUACAAUAUUCAAACUUGAUUGGAGAAGAGUUAUCUUACGAGUACAGAACUACCUUGUACCUAGUUUCCUCUGCCUCUGCUGAAUUUUUUGCUGAUAUUGGUUUAGCACCAUUUGAAGCUGCCAAGGUAAAAAUCCAAACCACACCCGGCUUUGCUAAUACCUUACGAGAGGCUUUCCCCAAAAUCAAUGCUGAAGAGGGCCUUGGUGGAUUCUACAAGGGGCUGGUACCCUUAUGGCUUCGACAAAUUCCAUACACAAUGAUGAAGUUUGCUUGCUUUGAGCGUACUGUUGAACUUCUCUACAGUCACGUUGUACCAAAACCACGUCAAGAAUGUACCAAAGGAGAGCAAUUACUUGUUACAUUUGCUGCUGGUUAUAUUGCUGGUGUCUUCUGCGCUGUUGUAUCACAUCCUGCUGAUUCGGUUGUAUCUAAACUAAAUCAAGAAAAAGGAGCGAGUGCCGUUGAUGUAUUGAAGAAAUUAGGUUUUGGUGGUGUAUGGAAGGGUCUGGCACCUAGGAUUGUCAUGAUUGGUACUCUCACUGCUGCUCAAUGGUUUAUUUAUGAUGCUGUUAAGGUAUGGCUGCGUAUGCCACGUCCUCCACCACCAGAAAUGCCAGAAUCUCUGAAGAAGAAAUACGGAUUAGCUUAAGGAUCGUACGUUUCUAACAAAUGCGUCAACUGAUCACAACUCUAGAAGAAGAAAAAAAGAUUAGACCAAUUCUGUUACCCUCCCAAGAUAAAAAAACAAUUUUAAAAUAAAACAUACUGAAAAAACUCGGGAAACCGAUGCUAGCCCGUUUCACAUAAUUUGUUUUAUAUUAUCGGUUUUAAUUACAUCAAGUAAGUGAUUUUUGUAAUUUUGGGAAGGUGAUCAAUUUUCAUGAUGCUGCAAUGAUUACUUAUCUAUUGUUAGCACAUACAUCUUGGUACUAAAUAAAACGGAUUAGUACGCUUCCAACUUGUUCAUUGUGCGACAACAUAAGAGGAUGUAAAUAGAACAAUCGCUAUAAAUAAAUGAUCAGGUUACACCACUGUUCAACAA